CGCACGGGUGCGUCGAGCAGGCCACGUCGAGCCGCCGCGCCCCGAUUGCAUCUAUAUUUUUCCAUUCGUAAGUUCACCCCGCAUAUACGCGACGGUAGCUUGGAAGAGAAAGAGGGAGAGACAGCACUUUCGUUCGUACGAAACGGAAAUUCGUGCAUGUGACUCGGCGCCGAGGAACGCCACAGAGACCUCCACGAGACUUCGAUCGCCGGGGACCAUGAGGCCCGCGAGAAGCUGGGCCCCGUUGGCAGUGACCGCGCUGGUCGCGACGGCUCUACUGCUGAGGCCCAUUCACGCCGACGCGCCUAUCUCAGGCAACUAUCUACCACCGUCAACCAGUUACGGCACACCUAAUCUAGGAGGUGGCGGCGGUGGAAGUUAUUCCGGCGGCGGCGGUGGAGGAAUAUCGACGAGCUAUGGUGCACCUUCAGGUGGCGGCGGUGGUGGCGGCGGCGGCGGCGGCGGCGGCGGUGGUGGCUACGGAGGUGGUCGACCUUCCUCGACAUACGGAGCACCCAGUGGAGGUGGUGGUGGCGGUGGAGCACCAUCCUCUAGCUAUGGUGCACCUCCGUCCUCCAGCUAUGGUGCACCACCGUCCUCGAGUUAUGGAGCACCGUCCAGCGGCGGCGGCGGCGGCGGCGGCGGUUUCGGAGGUGGUGGCUUCGGCGGUGGAGCACCUUCCAGCAGCUACGGAGCACCACCCUCCAGCAGCUAUGGAGCACCUAGCUCUGGUGGAGGAGGAGGUUUCGGCGGCGGGGCACCGUCCUCCAGUUACGGAGCUCCAUCUCGUCCCUCUGGCAGCUACGGGGCACCAUCCGUAGGACGUCCAUCGUCCUCUUAUGGCGCUCCUUCUAGUGGAGGCGGUGGGUUCGGCGGCGGUGGUGGUUUCGGUGGUGGCGGCAGUUUUGGCGGCGGUAAACCAUCCUCAUCUUAUGGAGCACCGUCAAGUGGAGGCGGCAGACCAUCGUCCACAUACGGUGCACCUUCCGGUGGUGGUGGUGGAGGUUUCGGCGGUGGUGGUUUCGGAGGAGGGGCACCCUCCUCGAGCUAUGGAGCGCCACCCUCCUCGAGCUAUGGAGCACCUUCUUCGACCUACAGUGCGCCCUCCUCGAGCUAUGGGGCACCGCGCGGCGGUGGCGGCGGUGGUAAUGGAGGUGGAUACUCUGGAGGUGGAGGCAAACCCUCGUCUACUUACGGAGCUCCUAGUUCCGGUGGCGGCGGCGGUUUUGGAGGAGGUGGAUACUCUAGUGGUGGUGGAAUAUCUUCAACUUACGGUGCACCCUCAGGAGGUGGCGGUGGAUACUCCGGUGGAGGCGGCGGAGGAUACUCUGGCGGUGGUGGCGGAUAUUCCGGUGGUGGCGGUGGAGGAUACUCUGGUGGUGGCGGCGGAUAUUCCGGCGGUAGCAGUUUCGGAGGCUCUAGUGGUUACUCCGGAGGCGGUGGUGGCGGUUAUUCCGGCGGUGGUGGUGGUGGUUACUCCGGGGGUGGCGGUGGCGGUGGCAGACCAUCGUCGUCUUAUGGUGCUCCAAGUGGAGGUGGCGGACAGAGUUACGCCAGCAAUGGAGGAUAUCAAUACUAAUCCAGAUAUGUGUUCACCCGGCGAGACGAUCUCCGUGCUCAAUCGCGUCGGCUUCCACCAAGUUUUCCG